CCACCAGGCCGGCACAACCCAAAACACCGGAACAACCCAACACCUGCAAGGGUUAGCUUAUGUGCGAAAAUGCGCCCCAAUACCACCGUAACGAGGCCCAGUAGAGCACGGAGGCGGGAAACGCACGGCACUCGCAAAACUGAAAAUUCACCCCUGGAGGCGGGGCUGGGAAGGGCGCCCCGGGGACAAAAUAUGUUCUUUUGCGGGCAUUUCGGGUACGACCACACCUGGCCGAAUGCACCAUAUCCCGUCCGAUUUGUGAAGUUAAGCGGCCACAGGCCUUGUUAG